AUGUCCAGUCGUAAAGAAGCUUAUCAAACCAUUCUCAACACCCUCCCUACCCUUCCAACUGCGACGACAAUCGCCGCCUCGUCUGUGGCCGCCGCAACUACAGCCAUCCCAGCGAUUCACUCCGCCACUUCAAAUAUCAUCGAUAAAACCAAUUCCAUCGAAUGGGCAGUCAGCGCUGAGAAAGUGAAAGAGAUGGUCCAAGAGGGUGGUAAAGCGAGAUUUCAAUAUGCUAAAGAUCAUCCAUACCAAAGUGCGGCUGCCGUCGGUACGAUCGCUGUAGUUGCUUGUCCCGGACUGGUAGUUGGACCGGCGUGGAACAUAGUUGGUUUUGGAGCAGGAGGUGUCCAAGCUGGUUCAGUCGCAGCUGCCACUCAAUCUGCCAUUGGUAACGUCGCUUCUGGAGGUUUGUUUUCCAUUUGUCAAAGUGCAGCGAUGGGAGGUGCUGGAGGUACAACGAGCAAUACUGCCGUUCAAGGUACUGUAUGUAUGGCGGCAGGUGGAUCACACAUGACUAGGAAGUACUGGAAGAGAGCUAGUAAGCUUUAG